AUGGCUCAUCUCAAGCUCUACCUGCUCACUUUCAAUUGUGGUCGAACAUUGGUCGAACCUGACGUUUUUGGUCAGCACAUAUUGGAUGGAUGGCAAGAUCCUACUUCGUCCGAGCCUUCACUUCCUGAUGUGAUUGUUCUCAACCUACAAGAGAUAGCGCCACUGAGCCAUGCUUUCCUGGGUGGAAACCUAGUGAAGCCUUACUUCGAUCGCUUCAGGCAGGUAAUUCAAUUGGCGACGACAUUCGCGCAUACACAAGACAACAACGAUGAAGUUGAAUACGUUAAUAUCAUUACACGCAAUUGUGGUCUUACAGCACUUAUGGUGUUUGUACGCGCGGAGCUCGCUGACAAUGUGCAUACACUAAGUACGGCAGAAGUUGGAGUUGGAGUAUCUGAGAUGGCUAAUAAAGGUGCUAUCGGUGUUCGAGCUGGUUGGAAAGUUCCACGUUCUGAAGGUAUCCUGUACACAACCUUUGUCAGUACCCAUCUUGCUGCAUUUGAGGAGAAAAUGGAACGAAGAGACCAGGACUAUAAAGAUAUUGUGCAAGGACUUGUUUUCUCACAGCAGAUUACACACGAAGGGCAAAAUUCGACAAACUCGGAAGCAGAAGUUCCCUUACUGAGUGGCAGCUCUUCAGAAGAUCACAGCCACGACUCCGUACACCAGGGUAUUUAUGCAGAUGAUUCUUACCUGUUUGUCAGUGGCGACUUGAAUUACCGCACUGCCAUAUCUGGGCCUAUGAAGAAUGACUCUGAGUGUUUCCCACAGCCGAGCAAAAACACCGAAAGCCCUAAGCAUUUCAGCCAUUUACUUGAGAAAGAUCAACUAACGCAGCAAUUGCAAGCCGGCAAAACACUGCACGGACUGAAAGAACAACGCAUUCAGUUUCCGCCUACAUACAAAUACCGCACGAUUGCUGACAAGCCGAUUAUUUUGGAUGAAGACUCAAAAUCGUGGCAGUGGUCGGACCAUCGAUGGCCUAGCUGGUGUGAUCGCAUCUUGUUCCCCGCCACGUCUACCUUACCGGUGCAGGCUGGCAAGUAUUCAGCAUUACCAAUUUUCAGGACCUCAGACCACAGACCAGUCGUGCUAUCCGCCGCUAUACCUUUGCAACCAGUUUCCGGCUCAAAGUUUUCGAAAGAGACGCCCAUUGUUUUCGAUCUAAACCAUCAAAGAAGACGCAGUGCAGCGCGACGCAAAGAAAUUGCCGUCGGGCUCAUCGCAUAUCUUGGCUUAACUUGGGAGGGCAACGCGCUACUGUUCGGAACAACAUUCAUGAUACUCGGUGUGAUUUAUAUCUCCAAAUCCAUGACUUGA